AUGCCUUGGCCGAAGCUCACUCCCCUCCAAUCCCGCUUUGCCGCCUCCCUCGCUGCCACCAUCCUCCUUAUAAUACUCUACUUUGCUCUCUCCAACCCACACCUCGCCUACGCAACAGACGUCGAUGCUCUGAUAAUAGAAAGGCAUGGCCCUCCGGAUUUGACACUUAUAGAUACCCAAGAGCAGAUUUCUGUACAGUGGGACCAUGUUUCUAUACAAGAAGAGAAUAGACUGGACACUGGGGAUGGCGCAGAUAUUGAGCGGAGGGCAGCUCCAGGAACAGAGGCCCUGGCAAACAAUGUUGCUAAGUUGAAGAAUAUAAAGAUUGGGGAAGUACAGUAUUGGGUAUUCCCCAAGGAGGCGGUGCAUGGCCCCAAGUCCCCGCCUACACCGGGCUUGCCGUCAGAUAUAAGCGUCAUUCUGGAUGGAGGCACGACAGAUCCGGGUAGCAACUCUGGAGACUCCAAGAGCUCGGAAGAUUCGGAUAAUGUAUUCAAAUUGGACGUCCGGGACACAAAAUUAUCUCGUCGUUCUGUUUCCGUACAUAUCACUGCAAAUACUUGUCUUCAGCCAGAGCUCAACGUUACCCGUGCCGCCAAAGACGCUGGACCGCCUCAACUGGAAAUGUAUGUGUCUACGAGCAAAACGUUCGAUAGGCCUGGUCCACAGUACAAGGACAACUCUGCUGUUACCCAUAAACCCUUUGAUGGAGGCUACGUUGCUGUAAAUCCCGAUGCAGAUGAAGAUGUAUACAUCGCCGUUGCCGCUCCAAAUAGCACCCGGUACUCAGGAAUAUAUAAUUACGAAAUCGCAGCCUCAAUCGACGCCCCGUUCCAUGGUCUCGAUAAUAGCAGUUCUUUCCUCUAUUUUGUGGAUGGUGAUAACAAUGCAGCUCUUUUACAAACAAAUGAUACCACACGUGAACCACCAGAGUCGGAAAUAUAUAAAAAGUGGCUGGCCCUUGAUCCACCACCUUUUACGUUAUUUGCCCACAAUAUGAACGAUUCAGCUAUUUUGGGUCUUCAGCACUCGUACUGCGGUCUGCAGAAUAAUGCACAGAUAAGCAAGAAACAGAAAAGCCUAGAUGUUGGCAUGACUGCUCGUGGUAUAGACCAUAAACCCAAGCAACAGAUUUAUGCUAAGGGCCUCAACAGCAGCUCUGUUUACUAUGGAUUCUUGGCCAUGGAAGGAAAUUCAACUGCUUAUGGGAACAAGGUUGUAGGGGGUGGAGGAAAAGUGUGGAAAGCAAUGAAUUUCACAACAAAAAGAGAAAACAAUUGCGCUAUAAUAUAUAAUCUGAAAUUCUGCUCCGAAGUUGCCUAUGCAGUCCCAUCCAGUCCGGAACUCAAGGUUUCUCAGCUUAGCGAGAUUUAUGACACACAAGCGGAGCAAUUAUACCAAAAUUUCAGCUAUUCUCUUCAGCAGGUAUCCUGCAAUGCACCCGCAACAGAGCAGUAUUCCCUUGCAACGAACUGCUCUCAAUGCGCAGGUGCCUAUAAGCAAUGGCUUUGCGCAGUCACUAUACCCAGAUGUCAAGACUUUUCCAGUGACCUUCCAUUCCUCCGUCCGAGAAAUACUGGCCAACAAUUUCUCAAUGGCACCAUGCUACCAGAUGAUUACUCAGGCCGCUUGAACGUUUUAACCAAUUCCUCUCGAAACCCACUUAUCGACAUCAAGAUUAAACCAGGGCCAUAUAAGGAAGUCCUUCCUUGCCAGGACCUAUGUCAUUCAUUAGUUCGAAGCUGCCCUGCGUCAUUUGGAUUCGGAUGUCCCACAGGCCAGUGGCUAAACUAUUCUUAUGGGCAGCGAAGUGCCAACGGAGAUAUUACCUGCAGCUACCUCGGGGCCGCGUAUUUUUUGAAUUCGGGAUGGAAGUCUGUGGACGGAAUGAAGUUUAUUUUUUCCUUUACACUUGUGUUUUGGGGACUUGUCUGGGGAUUUUCGCAUUGGAACUGA